AACCGAUAUAUACAAAGAUGGUAUCCUCAUGUUGUGAAAAUACAAAUCAUCAGACGGAAAAACAUAAUAAUGUUUCUUGUUUGAUGUUAAAAAUUUUGUAAUAUUAAGUAGAAAUGGAAGAAAUUUCAGCACAUAAUUGUGUUACUAUUAAAAUCAAAAAUUUUCUAUCAACAUGGUGGGUCAGUAAGGUUCUUAAUUUUAACCAAAAAAUACCAGCAGAAGAAAGAGGAAAUAAUGUUGAUGAUGGAGACAGUGAUGAUGUGGUGAAAAAAUAUGCGCUAAAAGUUAACGUACACCUACUUCUAAAGUGGAUAAGAGGGGAAAUAUAUCUUCAUGAGAAAUCUAGUAACAAAGAAGAUAACUUGAAAAAGAUAAUACUUUUUAUCGAAACUGAAGAGGAUCUUAUUCAUAUGAUUGCAUUGACUGCUGAGUUUUACAGAAUCAUGAAGGAGACAUCUGAUAAACCUGAUUUAAAGAAAGAACUUCAAGAAAAAGAAACAUUUUCAGAAGAGGAGCCCUAUUGGCCCAAUCGUUGGGUUGUUCACAUUGAAUGGAAAUUUAAUAAGAUUCCUCCAAAGAUGUGGCAUCUACGUAAUGUUGAAAAAUUGGAUUUAUCACUGACUUACGAUGAGUCACGCAGACAGGAUGAAGGGAAAUUCAAAAAACGGACAUCCCUUCCACAUUAUAUUGGUGUGUUCCGGGAACUAAAACAUCUCAAUCUAGAAGGAAAUGCAUACGAUUCGCUGCCCUCAACUUUAAGACUUUGCCAAAAACUUGAAGUGUUGAAACUUUUUAAUAACAAAUUCCAAGCUCUUCCUCUGUUUCUUUUGCACAUGCCGAACUUGAAAGUUUUAAGCCGACAUGACAAUAAAUUUGACUUCAAUAUUGACCAUCCAUGGCAACAAAAGUUAGUUAAAGGCAAUAACGAUACGCAAGACAUGCAUGUCCGUUCAUGUAUGUCAUUGCGCAUGUGUUCAGCGGUAUCUGUUGUAAAGUCUUUGCAUGUCUCGAAUGUUGAUAAUUUUGAUUUGCUGGGCGUGCCACAUACGUUGGUUAAAAUUUUAUUUGAUGCUCUAAAUAUUGUUAAUUGUUGCGAUCAUUGUGGUAAAGGUGUACUCAGAGAGGAAUCCUGGCGCUAUCAGAAUGUGAUUGACUCGCUGUUUGGAUAUAACCAUAUCCCUUUAUGUGGUUUUGCAUGUUCUCACGAGUGUGCAGUGAACGCGAAAGAAUCGUUUUCAAUGAAAAAUGAAGCGUAUUUGAAGAAAAAUCAAGCGGCGAAUGUUUAUGUAUAUGACAUCAAGAUAGAGGACUGGGUUGGAGAUCAUUCUUACAAAUUUCGAAAGAGACAUAAUGGUAGGUUUAUGAGGACUAUGAGAAGAAUGAAGCGCUUGUUUACAUGCUAAUUGGGAGGAGUGCUUAUAAAAAAGCAUGAACAAGUUACGAGAAUAUCUUCUACCAGUUGCUGUGGCGGUGGAAGAUCUUACUGAUAACAUUCCUUAGUUUUUAUUUUUUAAUUAGAAGUAUCUUUUUAGCGCACGAAUACAGCAAAUGAUCAACAAGCUAAUGAAUCGAAUACAAGAAA